CUACCAGUUUCCAGCUUUUUGCCUUUGGGCAAAUUACUUAACCUUGCUGUUUCCUGAAUAGUACAAUCGGGGUAUUAAUAAGAGUUCCUACCUCAUAGAGCUGUUGUAAUAGUAGAAUGAGUCAGGGUACAUGAAGCGCUUAGAAUCAUGCCUGGCUCAUGCAUCUUUAUUGAGAUAAAGCAGGAAGAAGUGGCUUUCUUUCCCUUUAACCUCAUACUGUGGGGUAGGGUACGCACAGCUCUGGUAGGAAUGGCUCAAAACAGGCUCAUGAUUCCACUCCCUCCUCCCACCAUCUCAUACAGAGAUGCAUGGACAUCGCUGGGAAAGAUCCUGGGUGUUCUUUGUGCAUAGUGAUCCAUGGAUGAUGCUUGGCCCUGACGUGACCCGAGGCUCACCUGCUAGACCUGUCCCUUGCUGGCUGCGGGACCUUCAACAGCUUCCUCCCCUCUCAGAGCUUGAAACAGAGGUUUAUUUUCUUGAAAAGGCUCCAGGCUUCGGCUUGGAAAAUCCAACCGCCAAAAUUGAGCCCAGCAGCUGGAGCGGCAGUGAGAGCCCUGCCGAAAACAUGGAAAGGAUGAGUGACUCUGCAGAUAAGCCCAUUGACAAUGAUGCAGAAGGGGUCUGGAGCCCCGACAUUGAGCAGAGCUUUCAGGAAGCCUUGGCUAUCUAUCCACCAUGUGGGAGGAGGAAAAUCAUCUUAUCAGAUGAAGGCAAGAUGUAUGGUAGGAAUGAAUUGAUAGCCAGAUACAUCAAACUCAGGACAGGGAAGACGAGGACCAGAAAGCAGGUGUCUAGUCAUAUACAGGUCUUAGCAAGAAAGAAAGUUCGAGAAAUUCAAGCCGCCAUUAAGGUGUCUAGUCACAUUCAGGUUCUUGCCAGAAGGAAAUCUCGUGAUUUUCAUUCCAAGCUAAAGGUAACAAGCAUGGAUCAGACUGCAAAGGAUAAGGCCCUGCAGCACAUGGCCGCCAUGUCGUCAGCCCAGAUCGUAUCAGCCACUGCCAUUCACAACAAGCUGGGGCUGCCAGGGAUUCCACGCCCCACCUUCCCAGGGGCGCCGGGGUUCUGGCCGGGAAUGAUACAAACAGGACAGCCUGGAUCCUCACAAGACGUCAAGCCCUUUGUGCAACAGGCCUACCCUAUCCAGCCAGCGGUCACAGCCCCCAUUCCAGGGUUUGAGCCUGCGUCAGCCCCAGCUCCCUCGGUCCCGGCCUGGCAGGGCCGCUCCAUUGGCACAACAAAACUCCGCCUGGUGGAGUUCUCAGCUUUCCUCGAACAGCAGCGAGACCCAGACUCGUACAACAAACACCUCUUCGUGCACAUUGGGCAUGCCAACCAUUCUUACAGUGACCCAUUGCUCGAAUCAGUGGACAUUCGUCAGAUUUAUGACAAAUUUCCUGAAAAGAAAGGCGGCUUAAAGGAACUGUUUGGAAAGGGCCCUCAAAAUGCCUUCUUCCUCGUAAAAUUCUGGGCGGAUUUAAACUGCAGUAUUCAAGAUGAUGCCGGGGCUUUUUACGGCGUGACCAGUCAGUAUGAGAGUUCUGAGAAUAUGACAGUCACCUGUUCCACCAAAGUUUGCUCCUUUGGGAAGCAAGUAGUAGAAAAAGUAGAGACGGAAUAUGCAAGGUUUGAGAAUGGCCGAUUUGUAUACCGAAUAAACCGCUCCCCGAUGUGUGAAUAUAUGAUCAAUUUCAUCCACAAGCUCAAACACUUACCAGAGAAAUAUAUGAUGAACAGUGUUUUGGAAAACUUCACAAUUUUAUUGGUGGUAACAAACAGGGAUACACAAGAAACUCUCCUGUGCAUGGCCUGUGUAUUUGAAGUCUCAAAUAGUGAACAUGGAGCACAGCAUCAUAUUUACAGGCUUGUAAAGGACUAACCGUGGUUAUUUAUAUAUAUAGAUAUCUGUAUAUACACACACACAUAUGUGCACACACACACACACUCUCUCCAUGAUCGAACGACUGACUGUAAACCUCACCACACAGGGGUGCUGCCCUGGCCCUGAGGUCACCCCAACUUUUCUAAAUCCUGUUUGAGUGAAGUCAUUUUUUCAUGUGUUCAUACUCAUUGUAGCUGUGAAGUUCUGGUACAGUUGUAAAAAGAGAAAUCGAGUUGUUUCUGUGUGUUAUUCAGAUCCACAGCCCACAAUUCCUCAGAAAGGUGAACCUUAAGAACCCAAGUCUCUGUCUGCAGAGACCUGUUUCUCGUUGUGGUAGAAAAAAAAAUAA